AUGGCUCAAUCGUCCCCACCCGCUACGGCAACAGCGUCUGCCAUCCUUGAAAAGACUCACCCAGGCGUGCGCCGUUCCACCCCAGACUCGGACGCCUUGGCUUCCUCUGACGAUGAUGGAGACCAUGGAGCGCAAGCUCAGAACUUUAUCCCCCCUACCACCAGACCACCAGUCCGUCGCACCUCUUGGUUGAAUGAAGUGCCUCUUUCCGCUCAGCGUAAACAUUCGCUGCCUGGAAGCCACCUUUCUUCCGCCCCAUCUAACCCUACAAGCCCUGCUACUGAUCAGGCAUCAUGGGCGACAGCUACGAGCCCAAAUCUUGCCGGAUCUUUCAAUUGGAACCAACCCGGAGGAAGUACGCUUCCCUGGGGCACAAGCACAGGAAUCUGGAACACAGAAUCACGCAGGGAACCGCCUUCUCGCUUGGCAGAAAUGAUACCCUCUCCGACCAUGACCAACCCACCUCCUUCGGGCGGCACCAUACCAGACGAAAUGUUGAGCCCUAUCACCCGUACUAUCUCUGGCGAUUCUGCCAUUCCAUUCUCCAUCCCGUUACAACCAACUCUCAAAACCUAUCGCUCUCAGUCAUACUCUGUUGGUCAGAUGGAUCCAGAGUUCCUCAGCCUGGCUGCUGGCAAGGCCGGUGCAGGUGCACAAUACCCAGGAAGUCGCUCCCGUGCUCCUGGCCAAAUGUCUGCUGUUCAGCCUCGAGCAUCACGGCCUAGUAUGCUCGGUGAAUUAGGACAUGAUACUGCAAUGCUUGGUCGAGUCCGCGAGGAUGAUGAUGAUGACGGUGACGAGAGUUUCAACGGCUCGGAAAGUGAAAUGAGCUACUCAGCGAGUCAGGCUCGGCAAAUCGAGCAGCUGGCCCGCGAGAACGCACUCUUACGGCAAGCAGCCGCGGCAGGUCAAAUGGAUAACAGAUACCGUGAACGAGCUGGAUCGGUUGCAUCAAGCAGUGGAGGGGGUCAUCCACUACAUCGCAUCCGAGGCGGCGUUCCAGAGGGAGAUUUGGCUGCAGAGGACCUAGGUGAAUUGCGUGAUAUUACCGGAUACAACAUGCGUGGUAAUGCUCGUCGCCGCUUCUCUGAGCAUUUGGCGCCCCCGGAAGCGCAAUUCUCGUCCUUCACCUCUCCGCUGGAGAAUCGUGCUCUAGAUAAUGUCCGCAAGGCUCAUUGGCAAACGUCUCUAGGCUUCGGUGGCAUGUCUGACAUGCCACAAAGUCGCCGACAUUCUUUCGCCGAGAUUCCGAUGCGUCAUGGCUCAGUCGGCUCUGUGGACUCGCAUUCGACUGCUACUCCUCGCGCAACUAUAGGAGACCGUGAUGACGGCUAUAGUAACCUUGGUGACUAUCCCAACCAACCAUACUACUCCCGUGAACAGACCUUGCGUGGAGAUGGCUCCUCGGGUAUCCCGUCAUCUCUCAACCAAUAUGCGAUGUCGAAUGCAUAUGGGCGUCAGUCAUCCGCGUUGUCACAUGCUCAUCAAAAUCAGCUUUUGUACAUUGUCGCCUUCAAAUGCAGCCGUGCAGAUGUUUUUUACAUCCAAGAAGAUACCGGUCUUCAGGUGAAAACCGGUGAUCUAGUCAUUGUGGAAGCGGACCGAGGAACAGAUCUAGGCACCGUCAUUCAUGCAAACAUAUCACUCCAACAGGCACGGGAGUUGAAGCAACAUUACGCAGAAGAGCAUUACAAGACCCUCAUGAUUUUCUCUAGACACGGCCAGCCUGAGGGGUCCACCCUCGCCAACCCCAACACGGGCUUGAACACUCGAAGUGCCACAGGUGGCAUGGGUCCCCAUGGUCCUCACAGUGUGCAGGAACCCGCGACAGACAUCAAACCAAAGCUUAUCAAGCGGUUGGCACAGCAACAUGAGGUUCUUACCUUGCACGAUAAGGAAGGAAAUGAAGCUAAAGCCAAGCGGGUCUGCCAGCAAAAAGUGGUUGAGCACCGGCUUAAUAUGGAGAUCCUCGAUGCCGAGUUCCAAAUGGAUUGGAAAAAACUUACGUUCUACUACUUUGCUGAUUCGUACAUCAACUUCAACUCACUGGUGACUGAUCUGUUCAAAAUCUACAAGACCCGCAUCUGGAUGUCAGCUAUCAACCCGGCCUCCUUUGUCACACCCCCUACGUCUGGCCUGUCAGGUCCUGGCACCAUUCCCAAUCCUCUCUAUGCCCAGGAAGCAGACCGUCGCCACCAACUUGACAGUAGGUCCUAUGGCGGAGCGCGAGAUUCUGUCGACACAGGUCGAGAUAUGCCGAACCCUGUGGGCAUGCUUCGCACAUCCUACGGAGAGUCCUACCAGCCUUUUUCUCAGCCAUCCCGCCACUCAGAAGGGCUUAAUUCGGAUGCCUUUGCCCCACAUGUGCCAUCGAGCUUUGGUCCCGCAGAUUCAUUCGAAUAUCCCGGCAACAUCGGUAGCUCCAAUGGUUCUUCCCGUGUGCACCCAGCGCAGGGCGAAUGGAUCAACCGGUUCCAGGGCCUGUCGCUCAACUCCUAA